GCCAUUCAGUUGCCACAUACAACGGUGCCAAGUCCAGAGCUGAUGGGUAGAAAACCACCUCACACUCAGAGUAGCCUUGUCGUUUUUCACCAUGCCCACCAAAUCCAGGAAAUCAAGGUCCCACAGUUCUAGUCCUGCCAAGAAGACCGGCGGUCUAAAAACGCCUAAAAAGAGGUCGUCCAGUGCCAAGACCACCAAGACAGAGGGGGACAUAUUCAGUCUAGCAGCCAGGGAGAACGUCUACUACAUCUCCCACAAUGCAGUGGACUGUCUGGCAUUCAGAGGCUUUGGGUGGCCAAAUGCGAAAAAAAAGAAGAAAGGGAAGAAGAAGGGAACAAAACGGAAGAAGAAAAAGUAGAUCAUAAUUUUGCCAAAGCUAAAAAGCCGUUUUUCUUUGCAUUAGCAUUAGAUUGAUAGUUAAAUUUGAAUACCUUGGUAAUGGUACCAUCUAGUGGACAAACUUGAAAUAACACCCCAGCUUAACUUGUAGUAAUGUAGUGCAUCAUCAGUUCCUCACUAAAAUCUUACAUUAAACAAAACUUAUUCCACGAGGGAAAGACUUUUUUUAUCAUCAGAUUUAUUGUAAGAUGACCGAUUCAGAAUUGUUAACUCAAACAUCAUAAGAACUUUGGCAGCUGUUUGACAAUUUGAAAGCUUUGUGAAAGAAUCUCCUUAAAUGUAGUCGAAUACAACACAAAAGAGCAAAUAGACACUUGUGUAAUAUAAAUUUAUCUUACAAAAAUAGGCUACAAUGGGAAUGUGCCUAUUAAACUAAUGGAAGCAAAUUCUGUUCCAGGCACUGUUGAUAUUAUCAUACAUAUAUUAUCAGUCCUUUCAACAAAUGUACACUCAUUAUAUCACAACCCUGUAAAAUAAAUAGUUG